CUUUUUAAAGAAAAAGUCAAUUUUCCCUGUGCAUAUCAAAAGCGUCAUUACUUGCAUUGUCCGAUAAAAUUAAUGUUCAAAAGAAAUAUAAGAAAAUACAGGUGUUUAAAAAGAUAUAUUGAAUUAUAAAGCGAGUGGAUAAGUAAAAUAGAAGCUGAAUAGUUUCUGUUCUCUAAGCACGGUCGUGGAUCAGCUGGUCAAAGUGAUACGGCAGAAAAUUAGCUCAGCGAUAAGGAUGCUGUUUCAUCCAUCGAAAGAUUAUACUUCAAGCUGCUGAGAACAGAUGUAAUAAAUUUGCUUACGCUAUCUUUUUAGACCUGAUACACUUAUUGCGGAUUGGCCUCCUAGAGUGGAGUGAACUAAUGCCAUUACAAAUCCAGAGAAAUUUAACUCCAAUAAAUUUCCUAUUUAAUUCAUUUAAUUGUUGCUUUCAUGUAAUAUUGAUAAAAAAUGGAGCAGAAGGUCAUGCAGGCCGAGGGCUCUGCUUAUUUACUGGCGGAUACAUUAAGUAUUAUUUGGGAAAAUUAUCUCGGCACUGACGAUGAUAGCGAAACUAAAUUACAUUGGAUGGAAUUGUUUCUGUUUUAUUUUCAAUAUGCAGAAGAAGACACUUUGCAGUCAGAGGUCAUGAAAAGUUUAAUGCAUAAUAUUCCAGAAGAAAUCACCUCAUAUCUCUUGGAGACGGUGUGUAACAUCAUAAAUAAAUCGCCCUUAUCAAUUCCUUCAUAUAUGACUGCAUGCGAUAAUACUGACCUAAUACAAGAAGCGAUAAGUUACCCCGAAAUGAGCGAUGUAAAUUAUACAAAUAAAUGUUUUACACCGCUAAUACUAAAUGACCCAAGUGACUGGAGUAAAAUAAUUGCUUUGCGCAGUUUUCUCACAAACAAUCUUGGCAAGCAAUUGCUUCGAUUCCUUUUACGUGUGGACAACAAGCUCAUUGCUUCACAAAAAGGUCUUUGCAAUUUAUGCAUCAAACUGUUCCCGAACUGCAAAUGGAAUACUGAAGAAAUUGAUCUUCAUACCCCACUUUCUGUACUGUCACUCAUUGGCAGCAUUUCCCCGCUUCAGAUGCCAAAUUUAAAACCGCAGAAAAUAGAAUAUGAAUUAAAAUUAAAAUCACCAACCUAUAAAUUUGAGGAAGAACUUAAGAAUUUUAGAGAUGAAAUUGCAAGUAGCGAUGAAAUAGCAUUUUUACUGGUGAAAUUAAUAUCAAAGUGUGCCGCAAAUGAAUGUGAAGACAAUCUUAAUUCCCAAUCAGUAUCAAUGAUUUCGUUAAACUUUGCAUUAGAAUGCUUGUGCAGUAAUGAUGAGAUGUAUACAAGAAAACAAAAUGCCACCACAAUCAAGCUCGAACUUUUACAGCUCAUGAUUCACUGUAUUAACAAUAUUAUUAAUGUUUCUUCUGGCGUAAGCGUUAUACAAUUUCAAGAUGUAUUUGCAAAGUUAGCAGCCAUAUUACAAAAACAUGUCAAAGAAGUUGUAGGAUCUGAAAAUGUGUUUGACAACAAUGACUGCACUCCACUUCGUUUUACCUUAGAAUUUCUAAGCGCAAUCAACUAUAUUAUUUUUUAUAUUAUACAAAGUAUCAUAAUCCAUCUUAACAAAUCGAAUAAACCUCAUCAAGGAGUAGGCAACAAAAGUAGUUUAUGUGUUUUAAAAUUUUUUGAUGAAAAUGUGGUUGAUAUAAGCAUUGAAACAUUUCAUCAAGUGUUACAGAACUUGGGAACCCAUACUGGCAUUGAUGUCGAAGCACGAAUGCUAAUUGUGUUGACUUUUAGAGCGCUUAUCAAAAUCAUCGACCAACUUUUCAAGAAUGAUCAAAUCGCAAGAAACAAUUAUAUUUACCCAAGCAGUGGUCAUAUGCGCAGAAGAUGUCGCAACUUUCCACAAGCACAUUGUUGUACGCAAGCACCGACAAUAAGCUGCUUCUUUCAAAGCAUAUUGCUAAAUUUGCUACCUAAAACCUCAGUCGAUAUGCAGGAAUAUGGCGUACGCUAUUUAUUGCACACUGGAGUCUGCUGCUGUCACUACACAAUAAACACUUAUGCUACAUGCUUGAAUAUAAUUUUAAACUUCACACCACAAUAUCAAAAUUGUAUUUAUAAAUUUCUUCAUCGUAGGAUACUUUGCACUAUUUUUUUACAAGACCAUAUUGGUCACGACAAACGCCAAGCGGAAAAAUGUGCAAAAUGUGAUACAAAGUUUAAGUCGCUGGAGUUCCGUGAAGAAAUUUUACAGCUCUACAAAGUGCUUCUUGAAAAGCUCAUGUCAAGUGGAGAAGUAGACAGCAAUAAAAUAACUUCACUUCAUCUAUUGCUAAGACAUUUAAAAUACAUAUCAGAUAUAUUGAGCAGUGACAUGGCGGCGGGUAUUCUAGCAGGACUCAUUUUACCAACAUUUCGUCGCUUUAAAGCGGAAUGGCUGGAAAAUGAAAAACCAAGCAAAGUACUACGCUUUUUCUCUUCAAACCAGCAUGUAUCACAACCACUUAGCAAUAAUUCAAAUAUCGCAGCGUGUCCUGAUAACAAAAUCGAAGCAUCUAAUGCCACAGUUAUUCCUUUGAGUGUCUUACAGGAUUGCUUAAAUGUUUUCGUUGCGUAUUUGGGAAUAGAUAUACGCUUAAUAAAGGCGUUUUACAAUGAAGAAAAUAUUUCGCAUUUAGAAGAGCUCUUCUGUGAACCGACACUAGUUCAUAGUUUAUGUAAUCUUAUUCAAAUUGGCAUCGACAAUAUGACAUUUUUGGGAGAAAACAAUCAGGAGCAAAGUGUAUUAAGUCAACGCCUUAUUAUGCUGCUAUUGAAUAGUGGUGAAGAGAGCGCUUCUCUGUUCAAUUAUCUACUAAACUAUUCAAUUACCACCACUACUUCCGACCAUAAAAAAGAAAAGGAAGUACCAGAAAUAUCACGUGCGGUCGACAUUUUAAAUGUGGCCACCUUACAGUGGUCAUUUACAUACGAGUUGUUGCAGACCAGCCAAUGCUUUUUUAACGCAUUUUCAACCCUUUAUAAUUUGAACAAAUAUAAUGAGACACCUGUUGAAAGUAUUGAUACCCAGCCGCAGCAAUUAAAUGAGCAGGAUUGUAAUACAACAAAGAGAAAUUCGCAAAAUAAGACGAGUGGCGAGAAAACACUUCUCGAUAUUUUGACACUAAACUAUAAUGCAUUGUGCAGUUUUUUGCAAAUCUCGCAGAAAAGCUGUUCGAAUACUUCUAAACACAUACAUCAACAGUAUCACAUUUAUACAACAACACCACCCCCAAUGCAAAACGCUUUGAAUAUUAUAGACCCAGAAGCCAACAAAGAAGACUGUUAUUUGUCAAGUUCACUCGAAUCUUUGCUCUCGAGCAUAGAGGUAGAAUCAAUACAACACACGUUUGACUCAAUUAGUUCAUCGAUUGCAUCGACCGCGACAACAAUUGCGGCUUGGCUUGAUAAUCAACGCUUUCCGGUCAACGAUCGCACGUUUCAAACAGACACACAGUGCUUUGCAGAAAGUUUCAAUUUAUCUUUUUUGAAUAAAUUAAAACAUCAUACAUCAAGAAAUUUAGAAUAUUUAUACGACGCUGAGACGCAAACUAAAGAUAGUAUUGUUAUUUACGAUAUACGAAACCAGGUCAAUUCACGUGCUGCCGACAAUUUAUCAUUGCCUGUGACGACCGCGGCGUUAAACACAUCUAGUGUGGGCACACUUGCAACCCCAACUGUGUGGAAUUGUGCCGCCGAUGCACUUUCAACAUCCACACUAGUUGUUGGGCCAGAAACUUAUGCAGCCGUACUCAAAAUUGGCACAAGUAUUAUUGGGAAAUUAUUUAGUGUCUUAAGUUCAUUUUUUGGUAGCAGUAGUAAUACGAAUUCAGUAACCAAUUUAAACAAGAGUACAAAUGAAACGUGCCUCGGUCACGAGAUUGAUCCGAACUUGAUUAGCUUGCUGGAAAAUAGCAGCGACAGCAGAAGGUAUCUGCUAAGACUAUUCGAAACAACAAUGGCUAUUAGUAUCAAAAGUUUUAAAUAUGGAAGGGCCGACACGAUGGAAAAUCAUCUGUUGAAAUUGAAGGCGCUAAUAUUGAAGAGUGCUACUUCUGAUAGGGGCCAAACACAUACGGAAGAGCAUGCGCACGAAAAAGCUGUUGUGAAGGCAUUGCAGAGUCUUUUGAAAAUAUCAGAACAAUCCUCCACCCACCCCGAUCAAUCUAGAGGUACAGAUUUUAAUAACAGCAACGGUCUUCCGAAUAAUGCAAGUGAGGAUGCGGCAUUACAAUCGCCACUGCGACCGAGUGCUCGAUCAUUUAGUAGCAAAAGAGCGCAUGCCAAAAACACUAAUAUGAUGCCGAAAAAGUCGAUCCACGGGGAGAACUGCGAUGCAGACCCUUUUUCCACACGCAAAUCAGUGUUCUGUGAUAGCGAAAUGGAGCUCAGUGAUAAUGAGAAUGAUGACAACUAUAUAACGGCGGACGAGGGAUACGAAGCCGAUGGUGAGAUACCUGAAUUAUCUGAAUCAGAGAUUGAAUUGGAUAAAGCAGAAUUUUGGACUUCAUUUCAACCAAGUUCUCACUACCGAACACGUUUACUGCACGAUGGGCUUUGCCAUUUGGUUGUAGAAAUUCUAAUUGAGCUAUCAGAAAAGUGUAUCCUUAAUCCAGUUAGUUGGAGUGAAUGCUUGGUACAACUUGCAAAUCAUCUUUUCGUAAUACGUGCACAUAUAGGAGAUUCACUAUUUUUACUGCGUGGAUUUGCACCAGUAUUGAAAUGUGGAGAUCCACGUUUAAGAGAACUUCAACAAGCAUUGCUGGAAUUAAUCGUGGACAUUGACACGCCUGAAGUUUUGUGCACUUAUUUCAAUAUUUUAUCCGCUAAGAAUCCUCCAGUUGACCUAUUAAUAAAACAUCUUAAUCAUAAUUGUGGUAGUAAAUUGAAAAGGCCUCAGCCUAUGGUAGAGUUGGAAUUUCCUAUAAUGAUUGAUGGUAAAUGUACUUCAACAACCGACCAGCGUUUAACAAUGGAAAUCGAUCGCAUUCGUAAUCAACAUAUAGCCGCACAGGCCACAACACCUUUGUCCCGUACACCAUGCAUUAUUCCCAUAACUCACGCCAGGCUAUGGGGCAAUGACGGAUUCACGCUUUCCUUUUGGCUGCAAAUGAAAGGCAAACCCUAUAGCAAAUCCUCCUCAUUGCUUGUAGAGGACGAGAUACACAGUUCUCACGAAGACUAUCUUAGAACGCACAUCGUUUCCAUUGGCACUAACCAAGUUAUGAUAAGUGCUUAUGUUGACAGCAAUAUGAAGUUAGUGUUCGAAACUUGCAACCCCGGCGCAGAAAUUCAAAUUAAGUCGCCAGUGGGAACUCAGUUGCCAUCACAGCCAACUAGUGAGAUUUCGGAGAAGAAGAAUGAAACUUCUUCAAAAGAUGAGUCAAACCGAAAUAUUAAUUACAGUGGUAGUUGCAAAUCAAAACCAGCCACUUCUAAGACGACGCCCGAAGAAGCAUCAAACUCAUCAAACCUCCGCGUUGCUUUGAAACAAACUAAGCUUGUGAUCCUUAACAGUUUUAAUAACAUGCAUCUUUUUAAAUACCAUAAUAAUCAUCAAUCUUAUGAGAACUCCACCGUCGACCUGAAGUCAUUUCGAUUUACAAGAAAUCGUUGGCGUCACGUUGCAUUCAGUGUAUGCACACAUCAAGAUUACAUAGAGUUAAUUGUUUAUAUCGACGGAGUAGAGCAAGAUAUUGUGAAUUUGCAUUUUCGUAAUAUUAAAAAUUUCUUAAGAAAUCACUCUUUCCAAGUAAUUUGCCUUGGAGAUAGUCUCAGUAACUUAGGUGACAACAAUGAACCGCAACGCUCUCCCGUUGAUGGAUAUCCGAUGCCGUUUAGCAUAUCAAAUUUAUUGUUAUUCAAUUGCAAAUUUCCAGCGUGGGAAACAAUUGCGAAUUUGACGGCAAUGGGACCGGAUUUCUCUGAGCUUGCUCCACUCCAAGUAAACUCCUGGCAACCGAAUUAUGGUUUUGUUAAUCUAAGUAAACUCAGAAAGGCCAAUUUCGGUAAUAUUGCUGAAUCAAUGAAACUGCUAUAUGAAUCUCGUUUGCUAGCGUAUACCGCCGAGUCUCCAGACAUUGUAAUGGGCUAUAAUAAUGAAUUAAACACAAAAGAAGGAAACGUUUUGAGUGCGGGACGUGUUUAUGGCUUAAUUUUAUAUGGAGAAUUGAUACAAAAUCAUUUGCAUUCCAUUCAAACUGCAACUUUGUUGUGCGGAGGCCUUUCAGCACACCUGUACUUAGUCGCCAGGAUUGUUGAGCUAAGCAGCAACUCGAUGUCACAGCACAUGGCUCUAGAGUUUUUCCUAAAUGUGGCCUUAUCUGAUUCACAAUUAUAUGCGGAAUUCUUGCGAAUAAAUUGUAUGAACCUUUUAGGUUACGUAAUUAAGACCGAUCGCUGUACUAAAGACGUGAAUCUCCUAAGAAGUAUUUUAAAUAAUGCCUGUUCACAACCCAUUAUUAUAAAGAAAGGCGAAACAAUAGAAGUCUGCGAAAACACAAACGCCAUUAUAGUAUACCCGCAACUGGUCAUAUCAAUACUGCAUCGUUAUUCAGAUUGGCAUCGUUCAGGGGUUGAACAUUCUGAAGUACUGGAUAUGUUAUUCCAAUGCAUUUUGGCGCUCACACGAGAGAAACACCCACAUCGCGAUUUAAAUCUUUAUCAAUUACAAACAGCAGGUCUACUCAAGGAACUACUUAAUUUAUGCAAAGUAUAUGUAAUUGAAUCACCAAAUCCGGUGUACAUUUCAAAUAGUGCCGCCGAGUCAUUUGUGUCCAUAUUAUCAGUUUUUGCUGGAUCACCACCAUCCACAUCACUAAUGGAUGAAAUAAUGAAAUUGGCAUUACUCCUUCAAAAACCCAGUGAAUGUUACAUAACUCAUGAUAGAUCAAAGUUUUAUUUUCUUUUAACGCCACAACCACCAGUCAAAGAAAGAUCAUCGGCGAGUUAUAAUUUCAGUCGAGUAGCAACACAAUUUCGACGUAAAUCUAAAAGGGAGCGACCAGGUGUCGCAAAGCCUGUUACUGCAGAUAAAGCAGACUUGAGCGCAAAACAGACUGAGAAAAUAAAACGUUUGCGCCGGUUGCAUAUAACAUCCUCAAGUUCACCUUUCAAGCGUAAUUUGCUUGAGCUGGAAGAUAACUUGGAAAAUGUAGCAGACUGCACCAGAUUGAAUAAGAAAGCUUUACGCUUAUUAAGCCCAGUCAACAUCGAGAAUUGGCGAACAAGAUUUAAACACUAUCCCGAUUGGCAUAUGGCAACGAGUUCAAUGAAAAAAGUGCAUCCUUCGAAUAAAGCUGAGAAAUAUUUAUCAGUAUCAUCGUGUUCACCCAAUAAAAUUACUCGUAGGCGCUUACAACAUGCUCAUUUUAAUAAGACUCCAAGCACUGAAACGCCCAAAGUGAGAAAACGAGAGUCACAGUCGCAUAAAACAUCAGCUCCUAGCAUUGCUUGUAGUAGUUUGGACAGAGAAACUCUGGGGAGGCAUCACUUAGGAGAAUCGCCUGUGUCAACAUCUGCACAGCAACGUCGAAGUAGAUUACUAGUAAAAACCGAUUUUUAUAAUUGGCCGGGUAUUAUUGCUUUGCAGGAGGGACUAUUAACACUGCUGAAAGACUUUCUCUGUCUCUUGCCGGACAACGCAGUGGAAGAGGUUUUGAAGCACUAUGUCAAAGUUGAUAUCAUUCUGGUGCUAUGUAAUAAUGGCAGCUGUGCAGUGCGUACGGCUAUAAUCAAAUUAUUAACAGUACUGAUGAAGCGCCUACAACAAAGUGACAUACUUGUGCAUGUUAAAAGCUUAUAUCCGCAGCACUUGGCAAAUCAAAUGUCCAUAUAUCCAACCGAUAUGCAGAUGUUUGAAGCAUGCUUGGAAUGGGUUACUGGUAUAUAUAACAGUGCGAGAACAGGUUUAAGCUGUGACACGACAUUGCACAUUGUGGACCGCUUCGGAAUCAACACCCUACUGUCAAUUGUAAUAAACAUGCCGAAUAAUCAAAUUGGUCAUAAAGUGAAAGCUUUUAAAAUACUCAAUAAAAUAUGUUUUACGGAAGGAGAACAGCAACAACUCUUAAUCGAGGCCGGUUUGCUGCUUUGUUGCAUUAAAUCGCUUUUCAAUUUAUACUUAACCUCGAGUAUUGUAGAUGUUUUGGUAGAGGAAUCCAUAUUGGAACUUUUGACAAAAAUAGGUGAAAAUUCGUUGAAAUCAGUUGGCCACAUAAAGGUUGUAUGGGAUAUUAUUAACAUGCUAACAUUCUUGCAUGAAGGUGCCUCUGUCUCGGUUAUUAAGAAUUUACGUUCUGCGCAAGCGCGCCUGCUGUUCAAGUGGAUUAGCAUGUUUUUUGAUUCUGUCAAUGAAACGAAAAUAUUUAAAGUAAUUGGGCUACCGAAUUCGACUUUAUCGCCUACCGAGACUAAAGAGAGACUGCGCUUACUCAUCGACCGUUGUGCGCAGUUCUAUGCCGUUUGUGAUGUUAAUUACACGCCUAGUGCUUCAGAGGUGGAACUUUUCCAAUUAAUUGUUACAUAUAGUAUUUCUACGAGCCACCGGUGUAACAACUUCAUUGCUUGGGGCUUGCAACCGUCACGACCCCGGGAACUGCGUGCUUUUAUUGUUGAUGCGCUUUGGAGCUCUUGUCAAGCCGACUGCUUGCCAUCGGUUAUUUACGACGGAAAGAUAAUUAAAUCGUUUCUGUGGUUGUGUUUGCUUGAGGAUUUGGAGAAACCAUUGAAAAAUUUGAAACGCUUAUGCAAAAUAUUGGGUAUAAAUGAGCACGAUUCGACAUGGAACUUAGAGAAUGAACUAGAGCGCAUUGAGCUUAAUCGUAGUAGUGUGGCGGCUGAGCAAAAAACAAAAUUAGAAGAGACGGCUUACCGACUGGAACCGCUUGCUAUGAGUUGUAUUGAAUCAUCAAUGCUAACUACAAGGCGCGUUGCUGAAUUGCAAAAUUCCGAGCGUAAACUAUUGAUGUAUCAAUUGAAAGACUAUGAUGAUGCAACCAUUUACACAAAAUGGCUGGGAGUUGUACGUCGCAUGACACAUGAUGGUGCGCCAUGGUACUCAAGAGAACGUGCGGAAAACUCUUGGGAACUAGAUGAUACCGAGGGUCCUUCUAGAGUUCAUUCACGUUUGCGUCCCUGUCAUUUAGACAUCGAUAAACGGUUUUUCAUGGAGGAUUACUACACUUCAGAGCUGCGUAACAAUGAUACUGUAUUGAAUUCCAGUGCCUCUAGUAUUGUCGAAUAUAUACGACCCUUGGAAUAUCUAUUGUCAAGUUAUGAUCAACAGCUCAAUAUUUCACUUAAUUCUCAAAUACUUUACAAUUUCCCCGCAAAAUUUUUACCUGUUGACGGCGAAAUAGAUGGUGAGAUUAUUAUAACCGAUCAUAAACUAUACUUUAUGGCUACAUAUCGAUGCAAGUACUUCUACAUUAACUGUGAUAUUUGGAGCAUAAGUGAAAUUUGGCUGAAACGCUAUCAACACCAAGAAAAAGCUUUCGAAAUAUUUUUGGAUACAAAUCAGUCAUUAUUCUUCUCACUACAAAAUCAAGAAGAUUAUAAAAUUAUGUACGACGUUUUUAGUGACAAAAUCGUCACACAUCCCGACCAAGCAAAAAUUCUCGUUAUCACACAACAGUGGCGUGAAGGUUUACUGACCAAUUGGGAAUACUUAAUGACACUUAAUCAAGUUGCUGGGCGAACGUAUAAUGAUCUCAUGCAGUAUCCUAUAUUUCCAUGGAUAUUAUCAAAUUAUGUGUCUGAUAUAUUAGAUUUGACAGACGUAUCGAAUUUUCGAAAGUUGGACAAACCUGUCGCAGUGCAAUAUGAAGAGAAUGAACAGCAUUACAUCAACAACUAUACGUAUAUUAACAAUACGAUGACUAACAUGGGAUCCAUGACGCUGAAACCGUAUCAUUAUAGCUCACACUACUCAAACUCUGGCACGGUGCUGCAUUUCCUCGUGCGUGUACCACCCUUUACGAGUUAUUUCCUGAGAUACCAAGACAAUAAUUUCGACUUGCCUGAUCGAACAUUUCACUCUCUUAAUACCACUUGGAACUUGGCGAGCCGGGAUAGCCCUACUGAUGUCAAAGAACUCAUACCAGAAUUUUUCUGUUUGCCAGAAAUGUUUGAGAAUUUUGAACGAUUUAACUUCGGUUGUCGCCAGAAUGGAGAACGCGUGGAAGCUGUACAAUUACCACCUUGGUGUCUUCGCGAUGCACGACUCUUCGUACUUAUACAUCGACAGGCUUUGGAAGCAGAGCUCGCUCGUAAUCAACUACAUCACUGGGUAGAUUUAAUAUUCGGUUAUAAACAAUCCGGUGAAAAUGCAGUUGAAGCAAUUAAUGUUUUUCAUCCAGCGACAUAUCCUUCAUUUUUGGAAUCAAUCACAUCGGAUCCAAUAGAGCGGAAAGCCGUAGAAACGAUGAUAAAAACGUAUGGACAAAUGCCGAGACAGCUUUUUAAAAAUCCACAUCGACAAACAAAAUCAUUAAACUAUUGUCUUGGCACUAAGGAGGUACUACCAACCGUACGUGGUCUGCGUUGGGGUGUAUAUUUAGGAUCACCACAGCUGCAUACUCCUACGCUUGGUAAUAUUUAUAAGAUUCCUGGCGCCGAGUAUUUAAUUUCAUUCAAUAACACCAACGUUGUUUAUGGGUUCCCAACAAAGUCUUGCAUCAUGCAAGGUGCUGAAGUGGAUACAUUUAAUGUCAUAUCAUGGGAUUAUGAGGAUCACAUUGUUCGUAUUCAACCGCUAAAUAAAUUAAAUACUAAACCGAAAAAUAUUCUGCGUAGCAAUAUUAUCGAUGGUAUUACGGCAUGCGGCGCCGACCCAAAUUCAAAUCAACUUUGGUUCGGCCACAAGUCAGGCCGUAUAAGUAUAUACAAAUGCAAUAGUGUAGAUAUUAGCAAUCGGCCGGUAAAAAGUCGACAGAAUUACAUACGAGGUCUUCGACGUUCCUACAAUUCGGCAUUUCGCAAACUGACUACUAAAAGUUAUGCAGAAGAAGGAGAUACCAGCAAUGUAACGCCGCUACUGAAUUCAUCCAUGGGCUCAUCAUCAGAUACCGCACAGCGGGAUAGUGCCGAUCUUAUAUGGAACGGACCAACAAUUCUGCUACGACACACCGAUGAAGUAACCAGCAUUCGAUUAUCAGUUGAAUUUAAAAUCGGAGUAUCUGCAGGUCGAGACGGUAUAGCCGUUAUUUGGGAUCUUAACAACUGGAAUUAUAUACGAACAAUUGAUAGGCCGGCGGAGAUUCAUCACUCACCAAUAACCGUAGUUACAAUAAGUCCAACCUUGGGUGAUAUAGUUACGGUGCAUACCACACCACAGCAGUUGGCACCAAAAUCGACACCAGAACGACAAACUACAAAUAAUAGUAAUAGCAGCGCUGAUAGUAGCCAACAGCAGAAAAGUGAUGAAAGCACAAGUUCGCCGUCAAUGCCCGAUGAAUGUUUCGAAGUGACGGAAGAAAGUUUAGAUGAUUUCGUGAAUGUGUCUAUAAAUCCGAAUGGAAAAUCAAUAUUGAGAUUGCACACAAUCAAUGCGCGCUACGUCCAACAUAUUGUGCAUGAAGACCGUAUAUUGGCAGCCACCUAUUCGUACAUCAAGGAAGGUGUUGGUGUUAACGUCAUUGCCACAGCUGUGGAAGGAGGCACGAUACGUCUAUGGUCUAGUUGGAAUUUGAGUUUCGUUAGUGAAAUUAUCACAGGCAUAUCAAAUAUAAAAAGCAUUGUAUACUCAACACAUCAGCAUCUAGUAGCGCUAACAAAAGAUUCGCACAUACAAGUGUGGGAAACUGAGGGACUUUAUGGGAAUUCUCCAAAAUUUCCACAAAUAGCUUAUAAGUAAAGAAGUUAUGAAUUAUACACGAUAAGCUCAACUAAUUCACGAAAGCAUAUUAAUGUAUUUGAGAAGCAAUAACACUUUACAAAACAAAUAAAAAAUAAAAAUAAACAUUUAACUUGGCAAUACAAAA